CUUGGUAAAGGAGGUGUUGAUGCACUCCAUGGCUAUUUUGAGAGAAUGCAGUAUAAGAAUGAUGGGUUCUAUUCCUUGAUGGAUUUAGACGACGAUGGAAGAUUAAAGAAUGUUUUUUGGGCCGAUGCAUGUAAUAGAGCAGCAUAUGGGUAUUUUGGGGAUGUUGUGACAAUUGAUACAACAUACCUAAUAAAUAGAUAUGGCAUGCCAUUCACUCCUUUCGUAGGUGUUAACCAUCAUGGACAAUCAAUACUUUUUGGAGCAUGUUUGAUUUCAAGUGAAGAUACUGAUACAUUUGUUUGGUUAUUUGAGACUUGGUUGAAAUGUAUGGAUGGGAGAGCACCAAAUGCUAUCAUUAUCGACCAAGAUAGGGCCAUGAAAAAUGCCAUAGCAAUAGUCUUCCCGAAGACCCGACACAGGUAUUGUUUAUGGCACAUCAUGCAAAAACUAUUAGAGAAGUUGGGUUCCCAUUCUAAAUAUAAUUAUGGAUUGAAGAUCGCAUUGCACAAAUGUGUUUAUGAUUGCCAAACUUCUGAAGAGUUUGAGAAGUCUUGGGAGGUGUUUCUUGAUACGUAUAAUUUGCACGAGAAUGCAUGGCUUCAAAGUCUAUAUAGUGAGAGGAUGCAUUGGGUUCCUGUAUAUCUAAAAGAUACAUUUUGGGCUGGAAUGAGCACAACUCAAAGAAGUGAGAGCAUUAAUGCAUUUUUUGAUGGUUUUGUGCAUUCGGGGACCACGUUAAAAGAGUUCGUUGAUCAGUUUGACAAUGCAUUGAGGAAGAGAGGAGAGAAUGAGAUGGCAGCGGACUUUCACUCAUUCAACUGCACAAUCCCAUGUAUAACUCAUUUACCCAUGGAGAAGCAAUUUCAAGAAUUGUAUACUAAUUCUAAAUUUAAGAAGGUAUAGUCUAAAGUAAUGGAGAUUAUUUAUUCUCAUUGUAUUCUCAUCAAGACGGAAGGGGCAAUUUCGACAUAUCAAGUUAAUGACCAGUUGCAAGUUGAAGGGCACAUUAAAAGAGUUACAUACCAGGCAUACUUUAAUGAAGAGGAGUGUGAGGCAAAGUGCAUGUGUGGACUAUUUCAGAUGAGAGGCAUUUUAUGCAGGUACAUUCUUGCUAUUUUCUCAGUAAAAGAUGUUCAAUCAAUGCCUUCAAAGUACAUUAUGGAUAGGUGGUGGAAGGACAUUAAGCGUAGGUAUGCUCUGAUUCGAAGUAGUUAUGAUGAUUUGAGUAAUAAACAAGCUGCUAGAAGGUAUACUAAUUUGAUUAAGCUGUGCUACGAAGUCGCUACAAAUGCAGCUGAAAGCGAUCAUUAUUCAAUGGAUAUGACACAGAAGUUGUUGGCUAUGAAUUUGAGUUACACAAAAACCAAAGCGCAGCCUGUAAUUGUGAAUGCUGAGGUUAAUGAUGUUGAAAUGGGAAGUUCGAAAAAAGUGUUGAGUCCUCACAUUGUUAGAGGUAAGGGGAGGCCUCCAUCAAAGAGGAUGGCACCUACAGUAGAGAAGGUUAUGAGGAAGCCACAAACUAAACGUAAACAGUUCGAGACCGGUGCAAAGAGAAAGAGAAAAAAUGCAAGUCAACUUCAGGAUGAGGUCUUGAGUGGCGCUCCAAGAACAGAUGAGGUCUUGAGCACAAGUGGCGUUGUAGCAACAACAGAUGAGGUCUUGAACACAAGUGGCAUUGCAGCAGUAAUAGAUGAGGUCUUGAACACAAGUGGUGUUGCAGCAGUAACAGAUGAGAUCUUGAACAUAAAUGGCAUUCAAGCAGCAACAACAGAUGAGGUCGUAUUUCCUGGCACACAACAAAGUGUCAUUAGCCAGAUGGAUCUUCAACAUGGUUAGUUUUAGUCGGUGUAUUAGAAGUUGACAAGAACUUUAUGCCUGUGGAGCUGUUGGCAUUUUACACAUUUGUGCCGAUUAGUGUGGGUUUAGGAUUUUG